CUCCUGAGGUGGUUGGGAGGCAGAGAUAUGGACGACCUGUGGACUGUUGGGCCAUCGGUGUCGCCAUGUAUAUACUUUUGUCUGGAAACCCUCCUUUCUAUGAUGAUGCAGAUGAAGAUGAUGAUCGUGAUAAGAAUCUUUUCCUAAAGAUUUUGUCAGGGGACUAUGAAUUUGAUUCACCAUAUUGGGAUGACAUCUCAGAUUCUGCCAAAAACUUAGUGGCAUCCUUGAUGGAAGUGGACCAAGAUCAGCGUCUGACUGCCCAGGAAGCUAUUGCCCAUGAAUGGAUUUCUGGAAAUGCUGCCUCAGACAAGAACAUCAAGGAUGGCGUUUGUGCACAAAUAGAAAAGAACUUUGCCAGAGCAAAGUGGAAG